AUGUCGGAAAUGGAACAACUGGAAAGCUGUCAGCAGUUGGCUCAGCAGCUUCAGACGACCAAAGAAAGACUGGAGUCUGCAAAUCAGCACUUUUUGAAGGUGGUAUCAGAACAAAAUGUGGAACUGGAACAGCUUCACAAGCAAUUAAGGCAGGCAAAACUGGAUUUGAGAACAGCUUCUGUGAAAGUGGAAGACAUGACCAAACUGAUGCAAGGUUUACAAGAAGAGAUGCAAAGAAAGGAGGAGGAUGCCAAAACAGCCCAAGGAAGAGAAGAAGCAUCAGACAGAAGACUGCAGCAACUUCAGUCAGCUAUUACACAGCUGGAAACACGAUUGCGAGUAGCAGCACAAGAUGCAGACCAGUUGAGAAGAGAAAGGUCUGAAUUAGAAAAACAGGUUGGAGAGCUCCAAAGAAGAUGUGCUAUCUUAGAAGAUGAGAAAUUUGAAGCUGUUGAAAAGGUUAGGGAUAGCAUCCAGUUACUGGAGGAAGCCAAUUUGCAAAAGGACCAGGCAUUGUUGAGGGAGAAACAGAAAGAAGAAGAAGUAGAAAAAAUUAAGGAAGCUAUCUCUCAAUUAAUACAAGAUGCUGCUGUCAGAACAAGAAAAGAGGUGGAAAAUGUUAGAAAGCAGAGCAAUGUACAGAUUUCUCGUUUAGCUGAAGAAUUGUCUACCCUUCAAAUGGAAUGUGAUGAUAAACAAGGCCAGAUUGAAAGACUCAUAAGAGAGAAAAGAGCAGUGGAAGAAGAACUUGAAAAGCUUUACCGUGAAGGCAGAAGCAAUGAGGGGAGUCACAGAAAAAUGGAUGAGCUACACCAAAGAUGUCUUAAUACAGAGAGAGCAAAAGAUGAACUGCAUCACAGUCUGCAAACGGCACAAGCUAAAUUGAAGAAAAUAGAAGUAAACUAUGAAGAGGAAAUGUCCCGCUGCCAGGAGAGGAUUUUGAAGCUACAGAAUGCUCUGGAUUCAGCAAGGGAAGACUGCAGCACUGUUAGUGAUGAACGGUUAAAACUUCAACAAGAAAAUGAACAACUUCAUAAGGAGAUGGAGGAACUACGAAAAAGUACACUAGAAGCACAGAGGAAAGCUAAACUGCAGGUAACUACAAUGGAACAUGAGCAUUCUUUGAAGGAGCAUGGUCUUGAAGCACGACUUAGAGAAAUAGAAAAUAGUAACCAGAGCUCUGUUGAAGAACUGCGGCGUCUACUUAUGGCUCAGCAGAAAGCAACAAGUAAAUGGAGAGAUGAGGCAAAAAAAAUUACAGAAGGUUUUGAAGCAAAACUCAACUCCCUGAAAAUUGAGCUGAGCCAAAAGAAACUGCAUACACAAGAACUGCUUUCUCAACUGGAAAUAGCCAAUGACAAAGUAGCAGAGUAUGAAAAAUUAAUGUCAGAAUAUCAAGAGAAAACUAACAGACUCCAGAGACGUCUGACUGAAGCAGAACAAAGAGCAGCCAACACUUCUCAACAGCUGAGUAAAAUUACAGCACAGAGAAGAAAAGCAGUCUCUUUAGUGGAUCUGGAAAACAUCUGAGGCGGUGCGCAUCAUUCAACUGUUACUGACUUCAAUGUUGCACUCAUUGUUCAUAAGAGAGAGAAAAUUGAGUGAAGAGAGAAAUGAAUUAGAGUUUCAUGAAAGCUGUCAUUUUGAUGACAAAUCUAGUUUUACCAAAGUUAUUUUUAUUAACAUUAAACACUACAGGUGCCUUGUAUUUCGUGAGUACACUGAUGUUAGUUGAAACCCUAAGAGGGUGUCAUGGUCUGCAAACAGUAGUGAAAAGAACCUGUUUACAGUUUUAUGUAGACUUAUUUGUGAUAAGGGCUAUAAAUUAUGAAUUUUUCUCUGCAGCCUGACACUCUUAAUCAUCUCUGUACUUGGUGUAUAUUUUGUAACAGUCGUACUAUUUUGCUUUCUAAAGUUGUAUACAGUGUAUAAAAAGAAAAACAAACCCAAGCAAAACAUGUGAAUGAUUCAUGCAGGAGCAGAACAGUGUAAUUAUCUUACAGUGACGAGAAAGUCAGCCAGUGAUCUCCGUUUACCUUUGUGUCAUAGAGUAGAAAAUAGAAAUCUAGUAACACAUUCUUCUAUGUGUUUGACAUCAAGGUCUAGGUGGUGCUCAUGUUUCAGAAUUACUGCUGAGGCCUCUUUUACCUUAAAUCACAUUAUAAGUUAUGAGUUCUAGCAAUUAUACAAGUUAAAAAAAAAAGUAAAUUUAUUAACAGUCAAACCUGGACUAUAUGUUUAUGA